AUAUGAUUCAUGUGUCUUAUUAUGUUCAUGAUCUUGAGAUAGAUGUUAGGGAAAUUCCGCUUUUAAGCAUCUAAGGAGACCCAACAUUUUAGAAUUCAUAACCAACCCUAAAACCCAGUUACCCACCCAACCGACGACCGGACGGCGAACGACCCUACCACAUCGCCACCAAUCCUCGCCGGAAUCUCUCGCCAGCCGCCACCAUUCAUUGGUAUUUCUCUGUGAGCCUGUGAGUCUUUGGCGCAGUCUGCUGUUCACAAUUCGCAAAUCGCAAGGCCUGAAGGCCAUAACUGCUGCUGCUGCCUGCACUUGCUGCAGUGAAGUCAAGCUACCAGGCCUACCGACGGCCACCGUGAUAACACCAUACCAACCCACCUUCAAUUAAAUUUCAGAAUCCAAGCAGAUUGAGUUAAGGCCGUGUUGGAUUUGGAUUCUGAAAUACGUUUAUCGCGUUUGGUAUCACUUGUCAGUUCGAGCGAUUGCUGAGUCAAAGUGGAACUACAUCUUAUCAAAGAAGAAGGAUGGGAUAUAAUUCACUGUCCGGUUUGCUUCUUGAAUACAUAAUGUGCUGAAACCCGAUUGAUCUAAAUAGCCCAAAACUGGCCAUGAUUCACUUUUUAUUUUUCGAUUUGUGAUUUGUGAUUCGUAGAGAGAUUAAAGAAUCAUGUUGGCUUGUAUUUCUGUUGUUUUAUUACUUUCUUCAUUUAAUUUUGUUUUUUCACUUGAUUCUUUUCUUGGGUCAAUCUAAAUAUGGCAAGAUGAAGCAAUUGCUGCUCAAGUUAAAAACUUUGUUGUUAAUUUUUUGGAGUCUAGGAGAUUUGGUAAUGUUAGGUUUUUCUUUCGAUUAGUAUGGAUUGUGGGCAUGUUUUUUUUGACUUUGAUUUGAGUUAUGGGCCUUGUGCUCAAUUUUGUUUUUUUUGGAGGAGUUAAAAAAAAAUUGAUUGUUCAUUUUACAAAUGCAACUCCGCUGAAAUUUACCGUAACUUUUCUUAAAGUUUCUUUAAUAUGUUGGUGCCCCCAGGGAGUUUGGACCUUGGAUUUGCCAACUACCCGUCUCAUGGUGAGACAGUCUGGUUUGGGUUUUAAUGAAAUGAUGGAAAAGUAUCUAGAACACUUUCUCUUCUUGUUAAACUCCACUCCCCUUCAAUGACAAUUUGAAAAACAGUAAGGUAAAUUUCCAUCUUCUUCUCUUUUUUCAGGGUACGUAUCCGAAAUCCCGACCCACCGAAGAAUAUGGAGACUCCGAGUAUUAUAGAUUAUGAGUGUAAAUUAUCUUCUUAUAUGGUUUUUCUUUUUUUUUUUUUUUGGGGUUUCAUUAUGCAGCUUGAAUUGAUGCAAUAAUGGGUAGUGAAGCCAACUUAAAGUCAUGGGUCUCUAACAAAUUGAUGUCUCUUUUGGGCUACUCUCAACCUACUGUUGUCCAAUACAUUAUUGGUUUAUCUAAGCAAGCUUCUUCCUCUGGAGAUGUUGUGGAAAAACUUGUGGAGUUUGGGCUAUCAUCGUCUACUGAAACACGUGCUUUUGCAGAAGAGAUUUAUGCUCGUGUUCCUCGUAAAAAUGCUGGAGUUAAUCUUUAUCAGAAGCAAGAAAGGGAAGCAGCAAUGUUGGCAAGGAAACAGAGGACUUAUCAGCUUUUGGAUGCGGAUGAUGAUGAUGAUAUGCCUGUUGCUGAGAAAAAAUCUGCUGGCACCAUUGAUUCUGAUUCAAAGAAAGUAGUUUCUAGUAAGAAACGGUUCAGAAAGAAGAAUGACAAUCUUGACGACGGUGAUGAUGAUGAUGAGGUGACUCCAAGCAGAGAAAAAGGCAGACAUGUGAAAAUAAGAUCUUCCCAUGCAGAUGAUGAUGAUGAUGAUUAUGAGUCAGAGGAAGAAAGACAACGAGAUCAAAGAGAGAAAGAAGAAUUGGAGAGACAUAUUAAAAAACGGGACGCUGCUCGAACAAGGAAGUUAACGGAGUCAAAAUUGACGAAGAAAGAGGAAGAAGAGGCAAUUCGGAGAUCUAAUGCUUUGGAGCGGGAUGACACUGAAGCACUUAGAAAAGUUUCAAGACAAGAAUAUUUGAAAAAAAGGGAGGAAAAGAAAUUGGAAGAGCUCAGAGAUGAACUAGAAGACGAGCAAUACUUGUUUGAUGGGGAAGAGUUGACUGAAGCAGAGCGUCGUGAAUUCAGGUACAAAAAGGAAAUUUUCGAGCUUGUCUCAAAAAGGAAGGGAGAAGAUGCCAGUGAGAUGAGCGAGUAUAAAAUGCCGGAAGCAUAUGACGUAGAAGGAGGAGUGAACCAAGAAAAAAGAUUUUCCGUAGCUUUACAUCGUUACAGAGAUGGUGGUGAAUCUGGAGGUAAAAUGAACCCAUUUGCUGAACAAGAAGCGUGGGAAGAUCACCAGAUUGGAAAAGCAACACUUAAAUUUGGUUCUAAAAACAAAAAACAGAAUGUAGAUAAUUAUGAAUAUGUCUUUGAAGAUCAGAUCGACUUUGUUAAGACUAUUGUAAUGGAAGGGGAUGAGUUUGAAGAUGAGAUGUUAAACGAGUCACGGGAGAACUCCAAGGCAAAGUCCGCCUUUGAGAAGCUUCAGGAAGAACGGAAAACUCUUCCAAUGUAUGCAUAUCGAGAGGAGUUAUUGAAUGCUAUUCAAGAUCAUCAGGUCCUUAUAAUUGUAGGGGAGACCGGUUCUGGAAAAACAACUCAGAUACCGCAAUACCUUCAUGAAGCGGGCUAUACAAAAGUUGGAAUGAUUGGAUGUACCCAGCCCAGGAGGGUUGCUGCCAUGAGUGUUGCCGCUCGUGUCUCCCAGGAAAUGGGUGUGAAGCUUGGGCAUGAGGUGGGUUAUUCCAUUCGAUUUGAAGAUUGCACAUCUGAGAAGACACUUCUUAAGUAUAUGACCGAUGGUAUGCUUCUCCGAGAAUUCCUUGGUGAGCCAGAUCUUGCUAGCUACAGUGUUAUCAUGGUGGAUGAAGCGCACGAGAGGACACUUUCUACGGACAUAUUAUUCGGUUUGGUUAAGGAUGUUGCUCGCUUUCGGCCAGAUUUGAAGUUACUCAUUUCCAGUGCAACUCUUGAUGCUGAAAAGUUCAGUGACUAUUUUGAUUCUGCUCCAAUUUUUAAAAUUCCUGGGAGACGCUACCCUGUUGAGAUACACUACACUAAAGCACCUGAGGCAGAUUAUCUGGAUGCAGCAAUCGUUACAACAUUGCAAAUACAUGUAACUCAACCACCUGGUGAUGUUUUAAUAUUUUUCACUGGCCAAGAAGAGAUUGAAACAGCCGAAGAAAUAUUGAAGCAAAGGACCAGGGGUCUUGGCACAAAGAUUGCUGAACUGAUUAUUUGUCCCAUCUAUGCGAACUUACCAACAGAUAUGCAGGCCAAGAUAUUUGAACCUACUCCUGAAGGGGCACGUAAAGUUGUGUUGGCCACAAAUAUUGCAGAAACGUCUUUGACGAUCGAUGGGAUUAAGUAUGUAGUAGAUCCAGGAUUCGUCAAGAUGAAGUCUUAUAAUCCACGAACAGGGAUGGAGUCAUUACUGGUGACUCCCAUCUCCAAAGCAUCAGCAAAUCAACGUGCAGGUCGAUCUGGGCGAACUGGUCCAGGAAAGUGUUACAGAUUGUAUACUGCUUACAAUUACUACCAGGAUUUGGAGGAUAAUACUGUGCCAGAAAUUCAGCGAACGAAUCUUGCAAAUGUUGUGCUUUCCCUUAAAAGUCUAGGAAUUCACGACCUUUUGAAUUUUGAUUUCAUGGACCCACCACCAUCUGAAGCAUUACUGAAAGCUCUUGAGUUGCUUUACGCACUUGGCGCUCUGAAUAAGCUAGGUGAAUUGACUAAAGUUGGGAGAAGAAUGGCUGAAUUUCCUCUUGAUCCUAUGUUAUCUAAAAUGAUUGUCGCGUCUGAGAAGUAUAAAUGCUCAGAUGAAAUAAUUACAAUUGCAGCCAUGCUUUCUAUUGGAAAUUCAAUUUUUUACCGUCCAAAAGAUAAACAAGUUCAUGCAGACACUGCAAGGAUGAGAUUCCACGAGGGAAAUGUUGGGGAUCAUAUUUCACUUCUUAAGGUUUACAAUGAUUGGAAGUCUUGUGACUAUGGAAGUAUGUGGUGCUUUGAGAAUUAUGUUCAGGUCAGGAGCAUGAAACGAGCAAGGGAUAUAAGAGAUCAACUCGAGGGACUUUUGGAGAGGGUCGAAAUUGAAGUGAUAUCUAGCCUUAAUGAUUUGGAAGCAAUAAAGAAAGCAAUCACAGCGGGUUUCUUUCCUCACACUGCAAGGUUACAAAAAAAUGGAUCUUAUCGGACAGUCAAACAUCCUCAGACUGUAUACCUUCAUCCUAGUUCAGGUUUAGCUCAGAUGGAGCCACUACCAAGAUGGGUUGUAUACCAUGAGCUUGUUCUAACAACUAAGGAAUAUAUGCGACAAGUAACGGAGUUGAAACCGGAGUGGCUGGUCGAGAUUGCUCCUCACUACUAUCAAAUGAAGGACGUUGAAGAUACUAGCACAAAGAAAAUGCCAAAGGGUAAAGGACAUUCUGCUGCUAGUUGAAGUCGGAGUGACUCGAGAUGAAAUACAGAGAAUGCUUGUUAGAAGAAAGAAAUAGAUUUAUUUGGAUAAUGAAUUAUAAACCGAAAAAUGUCCGAGUCGUUUUACAGAAAUGUAAAUAUAAGCAGGCAGCAUAGUGUUUGAAUUUAUUUUUGUCCCAGUUUUGCAUUUUAUUUUCCAUUAUCUGGAACACUAUACUAAAGAGACUAUAGACUAUAGAGAUAGCUCUUUUACAUUAGAUAGAUAUCAGUGUAGUUGAAGUGACAGCACAAAUGGGCAAGAAUAUGGACCCUUUCUGAAGAGUAUAAUCGAUUGAUGUAGUCACUUUGUUAGGUCUUAAAUCUUAUUUACCUACAUUAGUCUAAUAUAUAUAGGUAAUAUCCGUGCGAUGUACAGCUUUAUUAAAGGUUUUUUUGCGAAUUUGCGAAUAUUUAAUAUAGUUUAAUAAAUAAAUUUUUAUAUUAUAAAA